CGUAAAUAGACUUAAAUAGAUAAAUACGAUUAGUACACACUUGUGAUCAACACAGCGUAAAACCAGGUUAUUUAUUGUAAAUAAUACGUCACAGUGGCACUUUUGGAUCAUUUUUAUCGUAAAGGGAAUAGACAAAAAAUAUGGGGAUGACCAGCGCAAUAUUAGCGGUGCUCGGAUUCUGUUCCAGGAUAGUUGAAUCUAUACUUUUCGUUAUGAUUGACUGGUAUGACAAGUAUGUGUAUUCACCGUUACAGACGAUGUUGUUACCUAUUGUAUCCUGUAUACCUCGGUUCCUUAGUAUACGAGGACAAGAGUAUACCAUAUUUUCAGCAAAUAUUGUAUCAUGGACCAGGACGGCUUUAGUUAUUCCCAUAGCAUGCUGUCUUAAAAACCAAUAUUACUGGACGGCAUUUUUACUGGUGCUAUUUCACGAUUUUCUGGAUCAUCUUGACGGCAUUGUUGCAAAAGCUCAGAAACAAAUCUAUGGCCCUGUAGACGAUCCUUUGCUUGGCGGAUUCAUGGACGCUUUCUGUGAUAAGAUAGUGAAUGUUUUUGCUCUAUGGUCAAUCCUACUGACAACUGAUUUUACCCUGAUGACAUGGAAGCAGACGAACAUAUACAUCACAUCUUGUUCUGUUAUCAUAGGAUUUGAAUUUGUGCUCGGUGUUGUCAGAGUACAAGACUACUUCCGCUCCUACUAUCUCAGAUUGCUGAGCAAAAAUGACACUUUGAUAAGUAAAGCGGACACAGCUGCUGUGAUGGAAGGAAAACUAAAAGAAAAGUUAGAAUCAAUGGGCAUUGCGUUCCUGUGUUUGGCUGAAGCUUCUCCUAUACCCAUUACUUCAUGGUCUGGAAUAACUGGAAUUGCAUGUCUGAUUAUGUCAGUAAGAUUAGCAUACGCCAGUUUGCAACAUAAGUUGAAAGCCCGUGAACAAAGAAAACGAGAUGAAGUAGACUUUAAUGAAAUCAUAGAAACUAAAGAAGAUGGUGAAAAGGCAACAUAUACAGAAAAGAUCCCAAAGAAAUUAAGAAAAUGCUACAGCGAAUCAAAUGCAUCUAAAUUCUUAGCUGAAAGCAUUGAAAAAUCAAACAGUUCUUUGUCAGAUGAAAAUGAUUCCACAGAUGAUUCUAUAUUGGAUGAAGGUGAAGAUGCUGUCCGACCACUACUACAAAGACAUAAUUCUGUUCCAGUAAAUGCUUUUGAUACACGUGUUGAUAAAGUGUAUACUGUUGGUUGUUUUGAUUUGUUUCACAAUGGCCACAUCACUCUGCUGCAACGUAUGAAAGCCCUAGGAAAACAGGUUAUAGUAGGAGUACAUGACAGUAGAAGUAUCUUCAAACUAAAGAAGAGAGUGCCCAUAGACAGCACAGAGAAACGCAUGCUUAAUGUUAAGAAAUAUGCUGAUAUGGUAUAUUGUGUGGCUGGAACAGAUCCUACCAACUAUAUACACUGCAUAUUGACGGAAAAUGUCACAGAACGACAUAUGUACGUACGUGGUGAUGAUAUGCAAAAUUUUCCCGCCAGGAAUCUGUGUGAAGCCCGGAUGACAGUGAAGUUUCUACCAUAUACUCAAGGUGUGUCAUCAACGAAACGAAGAAAGAGUGAAUUUACGUCAUGUAAUUAUGGAACACAUGCAAAGGAUGACGUGCAAGCAAUUUUUUAUUGAUUACAUUUUUUGUUGCCUUUAUACAAGUUGUAUGCAUAUAACUCAUGGACAUUUUUCAAGAACAAUAUAUUUAGAAAUUGUUACAAAAUAUGCAUUAUUACUUAUG